AUGUUUCUAGUGAUGAUGAACAGCCUCAAAAUGAUGAAUGGAUAUGAAGCUAAGAGGCGGGUUGUCAACGUGCAGGGUCGACCGCUGAGCGAUGGCCCAUGGCGCUCAUCAGUUUUUCCCAGGCCGGUCCUAACUCUCCCCAACCUCGCUCCGGCCAUUAUCUACGAGGGCCAGGACAAGAAUCCUGAAAUGUGUAGGGUUCUCCUCACCCACGAAGUAAUGUGCAGGUUGCAGAUCAUAGACAUAUCUGACGGCUCGAUGCUGGGGACAUGGUUCGUUUUCCAUCGACAAUACAUCAACCUCUUUGGACUAGGCGCCGUACUAUACGAGAUAUCCUGGUAUAACAGCUUUCGGUGUUUGCAGAGCCAUAGGCGAGUCAUAAAUAGCGAUUAA